AUGACCGUUUCAACUAUCCCUUCCUCCUCUUUCAACCCUCCCAGCUAUAGCUUCUACACUACCAAAAAAACGUGUGAAAUAUGCGGAGACCGUGCACAAAAUGCAAGAUAUGGAGAGAUGGCGUGUAGUGGAUGUAAUGUUUUCUUUCGGAGGACUAUUCUUGAGAAAAAGAAAUAUGUGUGUUGGAGAGGGAAGAAUUGUGCAAUUAGUUAUGCCCACCGAUGUGUCUGCAGGUACUGUAGAUUCCAAAAAUGUGUUCAAGUCGGUCUGAAAGCUGAAGCAAUCCAACAAAGGGAUAGUUUGGGGCCAAGAUUUGUGAAAAUAAAGUCAAGAACUCCGGAAAUUAUAAUAAUUGAUGAAACACCUGAAUGCCUACUAGAAAAGUUCGUGAAGCUCCAGUGGAGGCAAACAUCAGAACACCAUCAAUACUUUAUUGAUCAUAAAGUGGAUGUGCCGUUUCAUAGGGAUGCGUCGCACAAAAUAAACUACCGCCGACGAGCUCAACCCCACGACAUCAGCGUCAUGCUCCAACUAUCCCUAAGGCAAGCCACCCAAUGGAGCAAUCACCUGCGGCCAUUUGAAUGUCUACCAGCUAAAAUCAAACGGGACGUCCUUGCUGAAUACUUUAUAGCCUUCAUGUUACUAGAUCAAGGCGCCAAGACAUCAAGAGAAGCGAACAGAAGUACUUGGUUAAUUCAAAACGGGAGUUUCAUGCAUCCGGAUUACUGUAAAGGCUUGUCACAUGCAUCAACAACAAAUACUGAUCAGCUAAAAAACCACUAUAACUUUGUAUCGGAACUGAUCCAAAGUAUAUCCGAGCCAUUCAAAACUCUAGAAAUCAGAGACACGGAGCUUGCUGCGUUAAAGAUUCUCCUCCUCUUACGACCCUCCUGUUCCUCCCGUAACAUCUACUCUGGACAGGAAGGAGCUGUCACUGGUCUCUACACUCAACUUAUGGAGGAACUUAUGGAACACUCUAUAGUAAAGUUUCCUGACCAAGGGGCGCUGCGAUUUGGGAAGAUUGUAUUGUUGUUGAGCUCGAUCCGGUGUGGAAUUAAAGCGGUUUAUAAUUAUAUGCGGGGCUCUGAUUUGUUUAAUGAUGCGAGUUUUGAUGAGAAGGUUCGGAAUAUUUUGUUGUCAUGA